AUGGAAUCGGAGAUGGAUCCUCUCAAGGUUGAGAUUCUACCUGACCACCAAUCAUCGCCCUACACUUUCACUAAGCCCAAGUCUAACCCCAAGAAAUCGAUUAUCUUGAUAAUCGUUGCUUCCAUCGUUUCCUUCGCUAUCACGUUAGGGUUAUUAUUUGUUUUAGCUCCGGUUUUACUCUCCGGAUGGACAAGUUCGUUCCGGUACAGCGCUGUUAUCGAUGCCGGGAGUUCGGGGAGCCGGAUCCAUGUGUUCAGGUACUGGAUUAAGUCCGGGAAACCGGUUUUCGAUUUCGGUGCGGAGAAUUACGCUAGUUUGAAGCUGAAUCCUGGUUUAUCGGCGUAUGCUGAUAAUCCAGAGGAAGCAAGCGUGUCAGUCACGGAGCUUGUGGAAUUCGCGAAAGGGAGAAUUCCAAAGCGAAGUUUGAAAGAGAGUGAUAUUAUGUUAAUGGCGACCGCUGGAAUGAGAUUGCUUGACGUAAAUGUUCAAGAACAGAUUCUUGAAGUUACAAGAAGAGUUCUUAGAUCUUCUGGGUUUAAGUUCCAAGACGAAUGGGCAAGAGUUAUCUCUGGAUCUGAUGAAGGUAUAUAUGCUUGGGUUGUUGCAAACUAUGCGGUCGGUUCGCUUGGAAGCGAUCCUUUGCAAACAACCGGGAUUGUUGAACUCGGUGGUGCUUCUGCUCAGGUGACAUUUGUGUCGAGUGAGAAUGUGCCUCCUGAGUUCUCGCGUACGAUAACUUAUGGAAAUGUUUCAUACACUAUCUACAGUCACAGCUUCCUCCACCUUGGACAGAAUGAAGCACAUCAAAGGUUAUGGGAAUCACUUCACAAGUCAGCUGCAAACUCUACAGAGGAUGAAAUAGUUACUGACCCUUGUACUCCUAAAGGAUACACUUACGAGAACAAUUCACAGAAGCAUUCAUCACGAAUCUUAGCUGAAGAAAGUAGAUUAACAGGCUCACUUCAAGCUUUUGGUAACUUCUCAAAAUGCCGAUCCGCUACAUUCGCAAUGUUGCAAGCAGGAAAUGAGAAUUGUCCUUAUAAGCAUUGUUCUAUUGGAUCAACAUACACACCUGAUCUUCAAGGACAUUUUUUUGCUACAUCAAAUUUCUACUACACCUCAACAUUCUUUGAGUUGCAUGAAAAGGAUUGGUUGGCUGAAAUGAUUCCAGCCGGAAGGAGAUACUGUAAAGAAGAAUGGUCCAAACUGAAAGAGAAAUAUCCAACAACUAAAGAAGAAUACUUGCUUGGUUAUUGCUUCUCAACAGCUUAUAUUAUCUCAAUGCUUCAUGAUAGUCUUGGUUUUGCUCUUAAUGAUGGAAGAAUCGAGUUUGCGAAUAAAGCAGGAGAAAAGGAGAUACCACUAGAUUGGGCAUUGGGGGCUUUUAUCGUACAAACUUCCAGAGAGCACACUUCUGAUUACAGUGGUAAAUCUAGGAAAAUGGUUGGAUUCAUGAGUAACGUAGCCAAAUUCAAAGUAUGA